UUAAGUGUGACAAACAUGCAAAAAAAUAAGAAAUCAGGAAGGGGGCAAACACUUUUUCACACAACUGUAUACAAUCUCUUCAUCUCCUGCAUAGUGAAAGAUAAUAAGGAUUUCUUUCUUGUUAUGUCAGAGCCAAAUCACCGUGAUGGAUGCACCGGUCUUCAAGGCGAUACAUCCAGAGGAGCUGGCCAGCUGCGGAUGGAAUGGGAAAGAGAAGCACAGUUUGUCCCCUAAUGUGGUCGCCUUCACGCGCAGGUUCAACCAGGUGAGCUUUUGGCUGGUGAGAGAACUCUUAACCGCCCACACGCUGAAAAUCCGAGCAGAAAUACUGAGCCAUUUUGUCAAAAUUGCCAAGAAACUGUUUGAGUUGAACAACCUUCAUUCUCUGGUGUCAGUGGUGUCGGCUCUGCAGAGCGCUCCCAUCUUCAGACUCAGCAAAACCUGGGCGCUGAUCAGUCGGAAAGACAAGGCCACAUUUGAGAAGCUCAACUAUCUGACAUCCAAGGAGGAGAACUACACCCGCAUGAGAGAAUACAUCCGCUCCCUGAAGAUGGUGCCCUGUAUCCCGUACCUCGGGAUCUACCUGUUGGACAUGAUCUACAUCGACUCAGCCUAUCCUGCCUCGGACAGUAUCAUAGAGACGGAGCAGCGGACCAAUCAGAUGAACAACCUUCUGAGGCUCAUCUCCGACCUGCAGAUGUCAUGCAACUAUGAUUACUUGGUGACGCUGCCACAUGUCCAGAAGUAUCUGUUGUCAGUUCGCUACAUCGAGGAGCUCCAGAAGUUUGUAGAGGACGACAACUUCAAGCUGUCUCUGAAGAUUGAACCUGGAAACAGUUCCCCUCGCAUCGCUUCUUCUAAAGAAGACCUGGCAGGUCUGUCCGAGGUAUCUGCCUCUUUGCGGUAUAACCGACGGCCUACCUGCCCCGACGCCUCUGUCGGGGUUCAUAUCCCCACCCCCCCUCCCUCUCACCACAGGAAGAGCCACAGUCUGGGAAACAACAUGAUGUGUCAGUACGGCAUGUCAGAAAGCCGGAGCGCCACGUUUCCCGUAGAGAAAGCACGACACCUGCUGGACGACAGCUUCUUAGAGUCUCAGAGUCCAGUGAGAAAUGACCCGCACAGUACGUCUGUGUCCAACGGCCUGUCUCUAGGCAGCAGUGAAAGCUCUUUUGGGGAGGAGCUGUCACCUGGAAUGGAGAGGGGCCGCAUGUACGCAACACUGGGCCCCAACUGGAGGGUCCCGCUUCGCAACUCCCCCCGGAGCCGCAGCUAUGUUUACAGCUCCUCUGCUGGCAACUCCUGCUAUGGAUGCAGUGAGGCCAGCAGCGUGACCGUUGAAGGACCCCUGCGAAGGAAAACGCUGCUGAAGGAGGGACGGAAGCCCAAGUUGUCAUCGUGGACCAGGUUUUGGAUCGUUCUGUCCGGAUCAACGCUGACGUUCUAUGGGGCGAAAGCACUGAGGGCCUCAGAGAGGAAACACUACAAGUCCAGCCCCUGUAAGAAGGUGUGUGUGACUGGAUGGAUGGUGGUGCUGCCAGAUGACUCAGCCAGACCCAACAUCUUCCAGCUCAACGACCCAGACAAAGGCAAUGUUUACAAGUUCCAGACCGGAUCCAGGUUUUCAGCCAUCAUCUGGCACAAAAACCUGGAGGAGGCUUGCAGGAGCAGUAGACCUCAGAUACCAGCAAACCUCAUGUCAUUUGAAUGAGAGCAGACCUCACCCAGCGGGACAUUGUUGUUCCAAACCCAUUUCUUUGUGAAGUAUAGACUAAAUAAUGGAACACGGUGGAAUUUGAUGGUAUCAACUGAAGUGGGAGAGUCAAGAAGCAUCUGACAGUGUAGAAGAAGCUCUUUUAUACUGGAUGUGUGACCGCCAACACACCUGCUUCCUUCUUCCCCAGGACUAAAUGUGAUGUCAUCUGUGGAACAAUCCAGCCAAUGGAAGACUUUGGUGAGGUUGUUUCUUGUUACUUUCUCAAAGCUUCAUCGUUCGCUGUCAUUUGUUAAGCUGCUAAAAAAAAUGUGAGCAAGCACUUUGGUUUUUUUGGCCCAUGUUGGGUUGCAGUUUGGGUGAAAUGAUCAGUGCACAAAUGUGGACAACAGUGUUAGCUGACUGAUGCUGAUCUUCGGUUUGCAGACCAGUGUUAUACGGCCUUCAAAUGGUUUUUAACCCAGGAAGUUGAAUAAGACGCCCCCUGUUGUUCCAGUGGUUGCAUUUGUGAAAGUGCUAUAGCUCUUUCAACAUCCUACAGGAGUAAGUACGCAACGACGUGGAGGCACGUCCAAACUUCUGAACUUGUCGUGAGCAUGAAAGACGUGACCCUGUUUGAAGGUCUCAUUACCAUUUAAGAGCAGCUCUGCAGCAACAAAGGACAGAAGGGGAGUCUUCAUCAGCCCUGUGACACACAGCUGGACUGAAUCUGUUCCAAAAUAACUAUUAUUAUUAUGGAACCAUGAAUUGUUGGUCAAAUGAAGAAGCGACCCUGGAUCAGUUCCCUUCAGCAGGUGUUUGCUGAUGUACAUAACAAGGUUUACAAAAAGCAAAAUUCCUAUUUUCUACAGAACAAAUCAACAGCAUGGAAAUGAACAACGGACACAAUCAGCAGAACAGAGCCAGUUACUGUCCACACCAGUAUGCCAAAGGCUGCUGGUGGAGUGAAGUUAAAGCAAUUUACAAUGAAGUACCAAGCUUUCAACAAUCACGUGUGUCUGUAAAUACUGUAUUUAUUUGUAAAAGAGUUUAUUUUUUUGACAGUUGGCCAUCAAAGGGACAUGGUACAAUCAUUAUCUUUGUUCACCACCUGCUGCAAGAAGCUGCUCCUCAGAGACUGAUGGUGGGAAGCCACCCUAAAACUAGCUUGACUCCUAUUCUCCAACUGAAGGACAUAAGGGAAGACUCCAUCAGCAUUGGUACUGUUAAAUAACCUGCUUCAAAAGCAAAAUGUUUCUUUGAAUUUAAAGGAUAAUUCUGCUUUAUUACAACUUUAAUUGGACGAGGCUUGGCAAUCAUUCUUAGCAUUAAUAAUAAUAUUGUUCUCCAGGGUAAUUACUGAGAUCUGGGAACACAGGUUAAAACAUCUCUGCCUUGUUCAUCAGUGAGGUUAAGAUGAAGCAUAAGAACAACUGGUUAGAGACAGAAAGAAGGGUUAAGAUAGAAAUGAACUUGUUUGCACAAUGUGUUGUCCAACUAGAAGUGAGAGCCAAUCACAAGACGCAUCUACAGCUGUUCUACCAUCUGACAAGCUCUUCUACCAGCACCUUUAUGCUCCUAUGGAAGUUCUUGACAGAAGCUUGAAGAAAGUCUUAGGGCAAACCAGGACAGAGCCUGAAGCAGACAGAACGCCCUGGUGGGAUUACAUAUCCCAUCUGGCCCAUGUAGACUACUGCCUCCUGUCCAGGCUGAACCCAAGUCUGAAGGGUCGAGAUACACGAGCAGUCAGAUGAUCAGAAAGGUUAAAAAAAACAACUCAAGGUUAGACGAACCUAUCAGGAAGAGGACAUGUAGGUGGACGGUAAAAGUACUACCCAAGAACCCAGACCCACUUCCUGCUGAAGCUUUUGCGAUAGACCGUAUGUUGAAGUCACCCGUUGUUUUGUGGACUACUGUUUUGAAGCCUUGACUCUCGAAUUUCAUGCGUCGCCAUCUUGAUUUUUGGCCGUUACCAUCUCUUUUUUUC